UUGAACGCAUUUAGUCGUCUGCUGUUGCGUGACUUAUUUGAUCGUCUGCUGUUGUCAACACACUCGAUCGUCUGUUGUUUUACCACACACGCGAUCGUCUGCUGUUGUCAACACACUUGGAUAAAUCUCUGGUUUCAUGUAGGCAGGUCUAAGCAAGAAGGUUUGGCUACAAAACGUAACGUGAUACCGUUCCACCAGGAUAGAGACACCUUCAGGGAAAAUAGACGGGCGACAUGGCAGGUGUGAGGUGGACGUUCAGACAGCUGCUUCAUGCUAUGGUACUCAUCUUGGUGGGCUUUUUGAUUGCCAGCUACUGGUCGGUUCUACACUCCCCCACCCCGCACGUGCUGAGAAUGACGUCCAUCCUGCACCAGACGGUCAACCUACAGUCACGUGACCCACAGUCUGAUGUUCGUGUCUCGGGGACAAGCGAGAUUUUCACCACGAACUUUAUCCGUGUCGCGUAUGACGACACGUACAUGUACUCAGCCCUUGCUCACACCGAGCCACACGUCAGGGACACACGGACAAACGUGUCGGACACGCCAACAGUAGCCGUAGUACUCACGCCAACAGUAGCCGUAGUACUCACGACUUUUGACGUUGGUCUCCAGACCUACAGAUGCUGUCUUCUGUUUGAGGACAGCGAGUCGAUAACCUUGGUGGUGGUCAACUCCACGGUCCGCUCACCUGACAACACAGGUGACGACACAGGUCACGACACACCAAGACAGACAGUCUACACAGUCAGACAACACGUGUGUGACAAUGUGAUUAUGACGUCAGAGUUCAGAGCUCAGUACGCCACUCUGACGUCAUCAACGUGUCCGCCCAGCACGUCUGGGUAUGUCAGGGUGGGGUACACGACAGCACACCCAGCCGUGGCCGUGUGUGUAGCGCUGACACAGCCCCACGCCUACACGCCAGCUUACGUCAUCGAAUGGUUUGAGGUGCAGAAAACUCUGGGCGUGUCCAAAGUUGUGCUCUACGUCACACCAAACGACGCAAACUUAGAGGCGGUUCUCAAGUUUUAUAAAGAUGGAAAUUUUCUGGAGCUAAUGGAGUUCCGACCACCGGAAGACGUGAUCCGGAACAUGAGCAGACCGGAAGUGUUGGAGAUGGUCAAUGUUGACUGCAGGCAGAGACUGGCAGGGUACCAUUACGUCAUCAACCUGAACUUGGACGAAAUGGUCAUACCUCACAGGGAGACCUCCCUAUACACGUUAUUGCAGGAAAAAUUCGCGGCAAACCCAGGGAGUUCCAAACUUGACUUUUAUGUGGCUGACUUCAUUACGUCAUCAGGUCCCAGUCAUCCUGGGGAGAUGUUGACGGUUAAACGUUACAGAACGUCAUCUGACCCUCAGAAAACUUACGCCAGCAGAUCUGGUCACGUGACGAGAGUUGUCGACGUGAGAAGAGUUGCAGACAUGGCAGCCAGGGGGAGCCUGACCAACGCUACACAGAGCGUCACUAUCCUGCCCGAGGACGCCCUGAUACAUCGUUACAGACCAUGUCGAGUAGAAGAAUGUCCCACCGCGUCUAGAACUGAUGACGUCAUGAUGAGAUUCUCAACGUUGGAAGUUAGUGUGAUGAAAGUUCUGUGAUAUUAGUCUAAACAGUCAUUUGUAGUAUUACCUUGACAGUUACCUGUAGUAUCACCUUGACAGUUACCUGUAGUAUUACCUUGACAGUUACCCGUAGCAUCACAUUGACAGUUACCUGUUGUUUCACCUUGACAGCUACCUGUAGUAUUACAUCUACGGUUACCCGUAGUAUUACCUUGAAACUCUAUUUUUCAUGCAUGUACUUAACCUUGUAAAUACAACAAAGUUUAAGUAGCCAAAUAAAAAAGAGAAAGAAAAGUUUAAUACACUUG